UCUCUCUCCAGGUAGACAACACAUUCCUCUGAACUAUGGUUAGGAGAAAACGUCUGGAUCACGGAAGAUGAACCAACUUGAGGCAGUCAAAUCUGGGUUUUUAGUAUGCAUUGUGGGCUGCCUUUUCAUCUUUGCCUUCAUCUACAUCAGGAAUACAAUCCCCAAGGAAGCCAAUAAGCAAAAACCAUCGCUGGAAUUAGCCGAGUGCGGCUUCUACCCAGAUGAGCUUUGCUCGGCUCUCUUUGAGGGCAAAGAUGCUGCUCCUCAAAUUGGCUACCUGUGCCAGAAGGUUCUUCAUGGCCAGAGUAUGUCCACCUGCAUACAAACUCCUUGCAAUUGUUCAACGGUCCACAAGAGACUGCACUUCAUUACCAGGCCACUGUCGGAAGAAGAAGGGAACUUCUCUUUGGCAUACAUCAUCACCAUUCACAAAGAGCUGGACAUGUUUAUCAAGUUACUCAGAGCCAUUUAUAUGCCUCAGAAUAUCUACUGCAUCCACAUUGAUGAAAAAUCACCACGGGAUUACAAGGUAGCUGUGCAAACUCUGGUUAAUUGCUUGGAAAACGUUUUUAUCGCUUCCAAAAGAGAGACUGUUGUCUAUGCUGGCUUUUCUAGAUUGCAAGCAGACAUCAAUUGCAUGCAUGACUUGAUUCAUUCCAAAACUCCAUGGAAUUAUGUCAUUAACCUAUGUGGGCAGGAUUUUCCCAUCAAAACCAAUAAGGAGCUGAUGCAAUACAUCAAAAGCAAAUGGAAUGGUAAGAAUAUGACUCCGGGAAUUGUUCAGCCGCCUCAUAUGAAAUAUCGAACGCACACAAGUUACAAUGAAUAUGUACACGCAGGAAAAUCUUACGUGUAUCCAACAAAGAAGGUGAAAAGCGAGCCGCCCCACAAUUUGACUAUCUAUUUCGGGAGCGCCUACUAUGUGCUCACAAGAAAAUUUGCAGAGUUUGUACUGACUGAUGAACGUGCAAAAGAUCUGCUUGAAUGGUCAAGGGACACCUACAGUCCUGAUGAACACUUCUGGGUCACUCUGAACAGGCUGCCAGAUGCUCCAGGAGCCACGCCGGAUGCAGAGUGGGAUGGAAACAUACGAGCCAUCAAGUGGAGUGAUAAAGAAGGACAAUCGCACAACGGCUGCAAAGGUCAUUAUGUCAGAGGCAUUUGCGUUUAUGGACUUGGUGACAUAAAAUGGAUCAUUGAAUCGCCUCAUUUGUUUGCCAACAAAUUUGAGCCAGAAACCUACCCACUUGUCAUGGAAUGUCUAGAAAGGCAUUACCGGCUUAAAGUACUCCAGCAAGCUGAAGUCCCAUUGGAAGAACACUGGGCUUUACAGGAACAUUCUUAUAUUAAUAUGAAGCCAACCAUCUGAAUCAACUAUGACCAACAUCAGAAGGACAAAAAGACAGGAACCAAAGAACAUCAUUUUGACAAAUAUGUUACAGAUAUGAAAUCUGUCUGAAGCAGCACCCUAAUUCUAUAUCUUGGAACCACCAACAACAUUACAUGGGGAAUAUAAUUAUUCACAGAAUGAGGAAGAGGUAUAUACUGGCAUCCGCUAUCUUUAGCAAUGUGGUCUUGAGGACAUUUGGGUAGAAAUGCAGUAUAAAAAUACCAUAAAUUCUCCAGACACAUUAAUUAGGUCUGCAGCAUUUAGUCAAUUGACUGGUUUAUUAAAAACCUUUUUAAGAUUUCAGGAACGAAGUUUCCUUAAAUUUAUCUGGCAGCAGAUGUUUUAGAAUGCUUAACAGCAUUUUCUAAAAAUUCCAAGUUGUCUGCAUAGGCAGUUCUAUGAAAUAUAAAAAAUAUCAACACAAAGUACAUAGAAAGAAUCUAGGAAGAAGACUCAAGAUGAAAUUUGGUGUUCCAUAGGCCUCUAUUUGGACAGAGGACAAAUUAGGAAAUUUACUGCAAGGAAAACAAUCAAAGACUAAAUGAGAGUGAAUGUGAACAAAGACAUUAUGUUGGAUCCAACACCGGAGCUCUUGUAUAAGAGAAAAGCAAGAAACAGACAACGGUAAAGUUGAGAUAAGCCAAAAUUACUAUGUGCCCACUUGAGUUUCUGCUUGCAUAACUUGUUGUGGCACCAAUUUCUGGGCAUUAUAAAGAUAUGGAGAGGAAAGAUCUUGUGCAAGCGGAACUACAGAAAGUCCAUUUAGGCUUCUGCUCGUGCACCACUGGAUUCAAACAGUUAUACAGGAAUGCUACUGAUCUCAGUGGAAUGGCAAAACAUGGAAUUGGAAGUUUACAAAGCAGCUUGAAAGGAGAGCAGACUCAUUCAACAACGUUUCAUAGCACUGACUACUCACUGUCACCUAAUUUAUUACAUGUAAUCAUGACUAUGAAGACUGAAAAAAAAGGGGGAAAGAACCGUACACAUGGAACAUUCCCUUUUUGUGCACUCAUGUUUUCCAAAGCUGUUAUCAAUGUGCGUCUGCAUAUUUAUUAUUCUUUAAAAUUUAGCUGAAUUGUUCUAGAAUUGUUUUAGAAUAGAUGUGGCCAACAAGUCAGACCAUAAAACAAUUUUAUAUUAACAAAA